AUGGAAAAGAUUCAUCUGCAUUAUGUAUUCCUUGUCCUGGUGAAAUGUUGCUAUGGUUCUGGGCACAUUUAUGUAGAAAAUGAUGUGAUAGAGCUGCACAAAUGCGUUACCACGUUGAUACGGCGAAUUGAACUCGGGAAUGUAACCGAUGUUACUUUGAUCAACGUGGAUGCACAGCUCGCCGAGGCGCUGCACGCCGUGCCGCGGCCAGCGAGGUUCGUCUCCAGAACUUUCUACUGGCCAAACAAUACGGUGGUCAACGACGUCUACGUCAUUCGCUGCAAGGAUUACUUCGCCUUUGCUCAAGGAAUGGACUUGGUCAGGCGAGACACUUUUUGGAAUCCGCGAGCGAAGUUUAUAAUAACCGUCGACUACAUUAAAGACUAUCUUCAAAAUAUAUCAGAUUUUCUCCUACAUAAUUAUAUUUACAACGUCGCUCUUAUUGCUCACUCCGAGGGUCGUAAUAUAUUGGUUUAUUCAUUUGGGAAACAAUACGACGAAUGUGACCGACCCGUAAUAAAGUUGUUAAAACCAUGGUCCUGUUGUUCCGGCGAAAUAUUUACACAUGAGAAGAAAACUACUAUCCGAGGCUGCCGUGUUCAAUUUGUGUCGCACGACUUUUGGCCUUUCGUGUCUCUUUUCGAAAAGGACGCUAUUGAGAAUUAUUUGUUAAGAUUGAUUCGUAACUAUGGAGGUAUCACAGUCGAACUAGUAGAUUUUGGAAAGGAUGAAAAUUUUGGAGGACGUUUGGACAACUUUACGUACACGGGCAUGUUACACGAGAUAGAAGCAUACCACGUGGAAGGAGCUGUAGGUGGUUACGCACUAACACAUAAUCAAAAGUCAAACUUGGAUUUCAUAGAACCUUACAUGGUUAAUCACUACGAAAUAGUAAUUGCUCGAGCAGAACUGCUUCACAAGUGGCAUGGAAUCCUCAAACAGUUCGGAAUAGGAGCUUUAUGGGCUAAUUUUUUCAUUUUCUGCAUUAUUUGUGUCACAGUUAUGCUCAUGGGAAUAUUUAAAAGACAGGUGAGAGAUACGAGUCGGGAUAUCCUCAUCGUUUGGGGUUAUUUUUUGGGUAACAUUAGUCAAAAGCAGAAAGCUAAAUCAGGACUACCCUAUAGAAUGGUGCUGCUUAAUAUACUUAUGUACGUGUUUAUGAUAUCAUACGUUAUUCAGGCGUCCUUGCUGAGUGCUACGACGCAUCCCAUCCGAGGAGAUCAACCGAACGAUGCCGAGGAAGUCGUCUCAAACUACCAAGCGGUCGUCAGCCCCGCCUUGCAUGAUCACUUGCUAAGAAAUCCAGUUAUUAAUAUACAGAAUCUAAACACAGCCUGCAAUCGUACUGUAGACUGCAUGAUGCAGGUUAUGGUGAAUUCUCAUCAGCGCUUUUACACUUUAGCAUCCGAUAUUUACCACAAGAGUUACGUUUGGAAGUUUGCCGAUAAGAACGGCGAGUCAAAGAUCCACACUUUAAGAGAGCCAAUCGGAACGCUUCUGCAGACCAUGUACCUUCGGCGAGGGUCGUCCCUAGCGGCACCCUUCAACAAACUGCUCGGAAGAGUCCGGUCUGCAGGUUUGAUCGAAUGGUUCACCAGCAGACUCCAUUUUUCCGAAGGACUUAAAUACAAAUUCCACGCGCGUGACAUACGAAAGCCUCAAUCUAUGAAAGGGUUGAACGGUGUGUUCAUGAUUUUGAUUUAUGGAUACUGUAUAUCAGGAAUAUCGUUCAUGCUUGAAUAUUUACGUUAUAUUUUCAUUGUUCAUCAGACAGCCUUCGGCCAAAGCAGAUAA